UGACAACUCACCGAGAGCAGUCAAACAGUUCUGAAUGGAACUUCCAUUGCUUCCGAUGAAAUGUACGCGAAUGUUCACUUUUAAUUCUUCUGCUCUGUAAGAAAUAAACGAAAAUGAAAGCUCAGGAAUUUUCAGCAAGUUUCAUGAAGGAAAGUUUCUUAGCCAAAAACCUCACCGUUACAGAGAUAAGCAAAGACUCCAGAUUAAUUACCGACGGUGUAGACAUCGGUCCUGACGAUGAAGUUUGGCUUCUCCAAUGCCCGAAAACCAUUGAUAUCGACGCUUUAAUCAAUCGAAAGAUCAAAAUACCAGGAAAAACACACCAUGAACACAUAGAAAGUGUAGCUGAAGGAUACUCCAAACAGCAAAAUGUAACAUUAGCCACAACAUCCAAUCGUGGUUAUACAAUAAAAACAGUUCCUGUUUCGGGCCGGAUAUUCAUUCGCGAAAGGCUGAAAAUACAAAACCUGGAUGAGACUCAAAACGAAUCGUUAACGAACCCAAACAAGGGUUCAGAGCGCAUAAAAUUCCCCGAUGAUCUUAAAAUCCGUCAUCCACUUCAUGGAGCCGAUUAUGAGGAUAAAAUUGAAGUGAAACCUGCUGUCGCGGAACGACUUAAACAAGCCACUCGAACGUCGAGUAAAGUUAAGCAACAAAAACGAAACAGGCCUGGAGUGGAGCGAAGAACAGUAGAAGUAGCGCGCAUUAAACAGGAAGAAAACAAUGAAGUUGUUGUGAAAAAAGAAAAGAAACGGAAGCGGAAACAUGAAGAUUCUGCGGAAGAGGACAGCACUCAUAAGAGUAAAAAAAUAAAAACGGCUGAGAAUGUAGACCACAAAGAGGAGUUAGAAUGGAUAAAGCAGUUAUAAGCAAAAUGGACGCCUGGAGUGUUUAAAUGACGAGUUUUCUAUUGCUUCAAUGACCUGGAUGGAUGGAUUGUAAUAAAGAAACUUUGUUUGUUUUAAAUGCAUUUAUAUUUUAAUAGAUUGAAAUACUUCACCAAGAGUAUUUUUAAUAAAAUGAAAAAAUACAAAGCAAUAA